AUGCUACAAACUUCUGUUAUCAUUAGUUCUACUCCAUCAUAUAUUGAACGGUUUUCUCCAUUUAUAUGUGCUUGUCCUAUAUGUCCAUGCAUUACUUGUUUAUAACCUUGUGAAUAAGCUAAUGAAUAUAGUAUUAUUUAUUGUGAAGAUGAUUGGUCUAAUUGGGGUUAAGUGCAUUUUGAAGUUAAAGAAGUAUCCAAAUUUAUGUAAAGGUAAUUCAAUCAUUUUUAAAAAAGAGAUUUAUUUGUCCUCCUUCAAAGCGAUCUCUUGAACUUGUAGAUUAAAGAAAAUUUUCAGAAGUUCAUAUUAAAGUAGAAAAACCUUACAAAUUCUCUUUUUUAUGCUUUUAAAGACCAGAAAUGUUAAUUUACUAAAGAGGUUAGUAUAUUGGAAAAGUAAUGGAGGAACUUUAAUGGACAAUUAUCAAAUGUACGUUUUAUAAAGUAAAUACUCUAAAUAUUCUUAUUAGUUAAUGUGCUUUGAUAAAAAUAAUGCUUUACUUUAUACUAUCAGUGCUAGUUGUUGUUAACCAGGAUUAUUUUGUAUGUUACCUUGUCAAUCUUGUGCUGAAAUUGAAUUUGAAAUUAAGGACAGAAACAAUUAAAAAGUUGGUAAGAUUUGCCAUUUAUUUGGGGGGUUUCGAAGAGAAUGGUGUACUAAAUCUGAUACAUAUGGAAUCAAUUUUCCUGAAUUUGCUACCAUUGAAGAGAAAAUUAUUCUUAUCAUGGCUGGGAUAUUUAUUGAUUAUGCAUAGUUUUAAAAUUAUUGA